AUGAGUACGAUACAGAAUAUUAAGAACUUCAUUAGGCAUGGCAAGCAGGCCCGCCUAGUCACUCAUUCCGAACCGACCACCGACGUGUCGACCGUGCAUGCCGAGCAACAGCGACAGCCACUAGGUCAAUUCUCGCCCGCCUUGGAAGCCUUUGGGCCCGAAGGCCGGGUGAAUGCGCAACACAAGCCGGAUUCACAGGUCAGCCAAGAUCGCUCUGCUGAAAUUGAACGCUUGGUCGCAGAAGAAAAUGUGACUCGAUCCACAAUGCCCAAAUACCCGGGUUUAGAUCGCUGGAUCCUGGUGGAAAAGAUGGGCGAUGGCGCUUUUAGCAACGUCUACCGCGCCAAAGAUAGCACAACGGAAUAUGGUGAGGUGGCCAUCAAGGUCGUCCGGAAGUUCGAAAUGAACAGCAACCAGCGAGCAAAUAUCCUCAAGGAGGUUCAGAUUAUGCGCAACCUUGACCACCCCAACAUUACCAAAUUGAUCGACUUCUCCGAAUCACGACAAUACUACUACAUCAUCCUGGAGCUUUGCCCCGGAGGCGAACUGUUCCAUCAGAUUGUGCGAUUGACCUACUUCAGCGAGGAUCUCAGUCGCCAUGUUAUCACUCAAGUCGCAGAGGCAAUUGAAUAUCUGCAUGAGACAUCAGGUGUCGUUCAUCGUGAUAUCAAACCCGAAAAUCUUCUGUUCUACCCAAUCCCCCAGACCCCCACCAAAAACCCCAAGCCCAAGCAACCCGGCGAUGAAGAUAAGGAAGAUGAAGGAGAAUUUAUUCCUGGUCAUGGCUCAGGUGGCAUUGGAAAGAUCAAACUCGCAGACUUCGGUCUUUCCAAGGUGAUCUGGGAUAGCCAAACUAUGACCCCUUGUGGUACAGUUGGAUAUACUGCCCCAGAGAUUGUCAAAGAUGAGCGCUAUUCCAAGAGUGUGGAUAUGUGGGCCAUGGGUUGUGUGCUUUACACUUUGCUCUGCGGUUUCCCUCCAUUCUACGACGAGAGCAUCCAAGUUCUCACUGAAAAGGUCGCACGCGGCCAAUACACAUUCUUGUCACCCUGGUGGGACGACAUCUCCAAGUCCGCGCAGGACUUGAUUUCUCACCUUCUCACCGUGGACCCUGAGAAGCGUUACAGCAUCAAGGAAUUCCUUGAGCACCCCUGGAUCCGCGGCACAGAUGAGGCGACUACCGCCGCCGCAGAUGCUCCUCCUUUGGCCACACCCCUUCAAACGACCGAGCAGGGCCAACAAUUCGACUCAGUCAGCGCCGAGCACGGCCCUUACCAACCCGCCAGCGCCCGUUUCCUCGAGCAGCCCUCCGUAACAGCCGACCGCCGUAUGGACUUCCGAUCUCCCGGCGCAUUCAACCUCCGCGAGGUCUUCGAUGUUGGCUACGCAGUCCACAGACAAGAAGAGGAGGGCAAACGCCGCGCCAAAGUCCGCAAUGCCAACCGCAACGGCCCAGCUGGAUUCCAGUCGGCCCUCGGCUCCCUCAACGAGGACUAUGACGACGAUGAACAAGAAUACAGCCACCGUGUCGGCGGCCAGCCCCCGCAAAAGGUACCCAAGGCCCAGGGCACCGGCGAGAUGGCCGGCAUGGAAGCCAAGCUCCGCUCUACAAACCUCGGUAACCAGAGCAGCGCCGCCCAAGCACGAGCCGCCCCUCAUCAGCAGAAAGCCCGCCAGGGUUACGGCAUGCACGAUGCUAACGUCGCAUCGGCGGCCAAGAGCGCAAUGCGCAAGCCCCAUCAACCCUUCGAGCUUACUCUCGACGGCGCCACCCUCCUUGAAAAACGUGGUCGCCGCAAUCAGCCAGUGGUAUAG